GAUUUCAUCUCUUACUGGUCUUAAUAAGAGUAUCCCUGUUGGCAUUAUGAUGAUAAUCAUAGCUGCACUUUUCACAGCAUCUGCUGUUAUUUCAUUAGUUAUGUUUAAAAAGGUGCAUGGUCUCUACCGCACAACUGGUGCUAGUUUUGAGAAAGCGCAGCAGGAGUUUGCAACGGGAGUGAUGUCCAACAAAACUGUGCAAACUGCUGCAGCCAACGCCGCAUCAACAGCAGCAACCAGUGCAGCUCAGAAUGCGUUCAAGGGUAACUAAAUGUAGGGACAUAUAAAAAGUCAUGACGGUUCUCUUUAAUUGUACUUUAUUUUCCAGUCAUUUAUUAUAUUCCCUAAAAACAUAGAUCAAAAUACACACAGCAUGUUUGUCUCUUCUGCAGCUGUGCAUGGGUAAAAUGGGAAAUGUUUGUUUUAUUUUAUUAUAAAUUUAUUUAUUUUAAAAAGAUAACCAUUCUCUGCCCUUCUUUAAAGUGUUGCAUUCUAGAAUAUAAAGCCUUCCAUAUUUUAUGGAGGAUAAAUAAUUUCAACAAUUGGCCUGAGAAUGAAUUGUGGUAUAUAAUGAUCAAAUAAAUAUAUUAAGAAUU